UUUAAAAUUGGAAUAUCUUAUUCAUUUGGAAAUAUUUAGCCAAUAUCAUUUUAUUGGGGAGAAGAUGAAGAGAGGGAAAGAAGGAAGAAUCCUCUUACAAGGAUACAAAAGAAACAGCUAAAAAAGCUAUAUAAAUUAUAAUUAGUAAAAAUGAAUUGCUAGCUAAUUCGCUUCCCGUGCCUGCCGAUGAAAAAGACAGAAGACUUGCAGCCAAUUGUGUACGGUAAAUAAUGCCUGCAAUAUCUCGUUGUGUUUAACGUGUAAACCGUCGAAUAAGAAUCUCACAAGGACAACAGUGAUCUCCACGACAAUGACGCAGAGCUGCAUCAGCAGCCAAGGUGUGUGCAAUAUGGGAUAUUCCUGCGCGAGAUGGAAAUCUUUUAGUGAAAAAGAAUUUUCAAGUAAUUAUCAUUACUUUUUAAUUCGUUUAUGCUCACCGUGAUAGCGCCUAAUAUAAUCAACGUAUAAUGCUCGAUUCCCAGUAUGGAGGUCAUCAGCUUCAAGUCCCUCUUGAUGUUGACAGUACAUACGAAAGUUACUACAUGAGGAUGGAUACUCACAAGGAAUACAAAGCGAAAGAAAUAUCGCCAUUUUGGAAAGGAUAUUCUUAUAACGAAAUUUACGCGAUAAGUAGAGCAACGUUGCUGGCGUUGUUGAUAUUCUACUGGUGUUAUCACAGCCUGCAAUAUGGACCAAUGAAGUUUACUAUUUUGGAGGACCGGCAAAUUCUUCCCGGUCUCGUGUUCUCGAAAAAGGCCGUUAUAGCAUUCUCCUGUGGUUAUUCCACGUGGAAUUCUAUAGUGUCCGUUUUUGCAGCCAUUAUGCUUAUCUAUUCGAUCAUUUCGAAACGACCACUAUUUAGUUUACCUCUAAUGGGUUUGUUCUUGACGGAGGUGGUGUACGACUCCUGCAACGUUCUCGUGAUGAUAUGCCUGAUUUUAAUGAACCUGCAUCCAGAUAUCGCGCUGCCUUACAUCGUGAUGCUUCUUCUAAUGAUUCUGGCGGAAGUAUGGAUGUGGCUGGGUGUUGUACAGCUCUACGAGUGUCGAACGUACGAAAUACGUUAAGUGACUUCACUUUUACCUCUCUCGACGAGAUAACGAAAUAUAAAUUCCUAUACAAA